GGUUGUAGCCAAACUGUAAAGAAAGGGAGGACGAAGAAGUCCGGUCAUCGGAGCAGAUCCAUGUGUAGAUCAAACUCUGAAGUUGGAUAGUUCAGCAGACUGAAGUGCCUCAACACAGAGAUGCCUCCCCACAUGAAUGACGUCAUGCGUCUGUGCUGUGAAAUAUCAGCACACGACCAGAUCAAGGUCGCGGUGAAAAACUCCACCAAAGGAGCGAUGGUGGCAGGAGGGAGUGCCUUCGUAGGUGGGCUGCUCGGUGGACCUGCUGGGAUCGCUGUGGGCGGAGCAGUUGGUGGUCUCUUGGGCAGCUGGCUGACCAGCGGCCAGUUCAGGCCUCUACCUGAGAUCCUGAUGGAGCUGCCACAAAACCAGAAACAGAAGCUCUAUACUGACAUUGUGGCCAUCGUGGGCAGCCUGGAAUGGACAGACGUAGCCCAGCUCAUCGCUCUUGUGAUGGGCAACGCCACUCUCCAGCAGCAGGUCACCGCUGCGCUGCUCAACUAUGUUACAAAGGAACUCAGAGCAGAUGUGCGUUAUCGGGACUGAGUCGUUCUCACAAAUGGACUUCCCCAGGUUUUCUAGUUAGACCUGACAAACAGCCAGAACAAUGUAUACAUAUAUGUAGACAAUGUAUUUAUGUUUCUGGCUGUUUAAACGUUCAUGAUUGUGUCAAAUUAGGUUGUUAGCCUUCACUAUCCUCAGAGUGCUGACCCCAACAACAAAGAAACCCUUCUCCCUCAUGUGGGAACUGUCUUCGAGAGCUGGUGAUUCAAGUCGAUUGUCUUUGUAGAGGCCGAAGUGGACAUAAUAAUAGAAACACCUCUCUACAUACAAUAAGGGAAACAGAGACACCUCUCUGUAAUGCAACACAAACUUCAUCCUCCAAACUGAUCAUACAGUUGAAUCAACAUGUCUCUAAAACAGUUUUAAUGAAAACCUUCACAGAGGGAGCCCUGCAAAUGUCUCAUUAACAGCAGGUGGACUGAGGGUCUAUGGCACAGCCUCUUGUGUGGCACUGGUUUAGAUGAAUAAACAAGUUGAAUAAGCUUGUCCAAAAUUCCGUAAAUGUUGAUAAUGCUUCAAAUUUCAUUUUAAGGUUAAGAUGCCGUUUCACCGUUUUCCAAGGUUGAAAUGUCUGCAGGGAGGAUUUCCUGUGGGUCUAUUGAAUUAGACUGCAUUCGUUUUAGCCAAUAAACUUUCGUUUUACAAUGUCACCUUGGCAUUUUCCGUGGAGACUAGACUAUGAGCAAUAUCAUGUGCAGGGCUCUGCUGCUGUUGUACAUUUUCAUGUAAAUGUGCCUUAACUGACACACACCUCUGUAACCUCUAAGAUAUUGAGCCCAGGUAAUUUAUUCUGGAUUACAAUGUUGUGUUAUAAAUCACACACUCUGUAUCAGGGUGUGGUUAAUAGUUUUCCUGAUUUUUACAUUUGCAACCAUCAAAGAACCCCAUCAGGGAGGCGUCUGAUUGGUCAACGAGCCCUAACAUUCAGCCAGAGGCUUAAAGAACUAAGUGUCCUCAGAAAACGAGGGGUCCUGCACAGUCGGAGUGAGAUCACAUGAAGGGACUCCAGGUGGAUUUGAACAAACGACCUUCUACCUUGUGCCAAAGUCUACCAAGAAGAACUGGUGUUGUUUUAACGACAGAAGGUGCAAACACCAAGUAUUGAUUUGAUUUAGUUUUUUAUAUAUAUUUGUAUGAAAUGAUUGAUCAUUUAAAAAGAUCAUGGCCUUAUUUUUUAAAACCAUUGCUUAUGUUUCAAUAAAAUAAACAUGGGAUUCUA